AUGAGUGUCAUCGAUGACAAGCUGUGGGCAAAUAUCCUGCAAGCAUUCGAGCAGGAGGCUGGAGAGCCCCCAUCUACUCAGCCAGAGGGUUGGGAGCUGUGUCUUUUGGCACGUGUAGCUGGAGAAUGCCUGGGGGACGCCAAGAGAGCUGCCAAAAGGAUGGAGCGGUUGCUGCUGGCGGAAGGGCCGAAUCUCGAUGGCUGCCGCGAAGUGUUGAACAGAGAACGGAUCAACCUAUCACAGCUCGUUACAAGGGCAAAGGAGCUUGUCAGCCGGAGCUUGACAUCUCGGUCGCGAUCACCUCGACGAAGGCGUGAGUGGCUGCGGCAGGCACAAGCAGCUCUGGACAGCGCAGGCGGUGCCUGGAAGAAUCGUGCCUGUGGAGUCGACGUUGCGGCCGAGAUACUCUCUGCUGGGCGGUCUCUUUCUCAGGAUGACGAGCUUCCGCAUGAGCCGCGCGAAGAACUUUCUGCUCCAGCGAGCCUGGGCCCACCAGCCUUUUUUCCAGUGGGAAAUGGCGCCGGCCGGUUUGGAGCUUUGCACAGCUCCAAGCCGCAGGACACAUGGGUUGACCCCACGAGCACAAAUCAGACUGCUCUUCAUUGGAAUGUCGGACCCCAGGCACUUGUUGGCGGCCGUGCGCUCUUUGUCUUCACCAGCGUGCUGUGUGACGACUGUUCUCAAUGA